UUGAACGUAUUGACGCAAAGGGUUUGAGCGGAGAGCGGCAGGAGCUGGUUGACCUUGGAGCUGGCGACUGUGCGGAGCUGCUGGGACCAUGUACUGCUGCGUGAGUCGGGGUGCCUUGUCCAUGGCUGCGCUGCGGGCGGCUGCUGCGCCCAUACUGAGGAGAGUUCAACCAGCAAUUUGCACCCCAACUAUUCGAUUGCUUGCAAGCCAACCAGGGCCGAAUGAAGGCAAAGGUGUUCUCAUCACUGGCUGUGACACAGGAUUUGGAUUUUCAUUGGCCCAGCACCUGCACAAUCAAGGAUUCAAGAUUUUUGCAGCAUGUCUGUUAAAGGAUCAGAAUGGGGAAGGAGCAAAGAAGCUGGAGGAUAUGAAGAGCGAUCGAAUGGUUGUCAUACAGUUAGAUGUUUGCAAAGAUGAAGCCGUGGAGACAGCAGUGGAUGUUGUGAAAGAGCAUUUGACGGAUUCAGAAAAAGGUCUCUGGGGACUGAUUAACAAUGCAGGAAUCUCAACUUUCGGUGAAGUCGAGUUCACCACCAUGAAAACCUAUAAGGAAGUUGCGGAAGUUAACCUAUGGGGGACCAUUCGUGUGACCAAGGGAUUCCUCCCAUAUAUUCGCAGAGCAAAAGGUCGUGUGGUUAACAUCACAAGUAUGCUGGGGCGGAUGGCCAACCCAUCUCGAUCUCCUUACUGUGUCACUAAGUUUGGAGUGGAGGCAUUCUCAGACUGCCUGCGCUAUGAAAUGCAUCGCUGGGGUGUUAAAGUUAGUAUCGUUGAACCUGGUAACUUCAUAGCAGGCACCAGUCUUUAUAAUCCCGACCGUGUCAAAAUUAUUUUAGAAAAUAUGUGGAAUGAUCUGCCAGAAAUUGUCCGUAAAGAUUACGGGAAGGACUACUUUGAUGCGCAGAUUACUAUAAUGAAAUCCUAUCUUGAGAGUGGCUCCGCGGACCUUUCAACAGUUAUUAAUGAUAUCACUCAUGCAUUGACCUCUCCAACCCCCCACACCCGCUACAAUCCAAUGGAUUACUAUUGGUGGGUGAGGAUGCAGAUUAUGACACACUUUUACGCAGCUAUAUCUGACCGGAUAUACAUUCAUUGAAGGGAUUGUCAAUCCAAUGCUUGCUUUUUCUAACAAGGCAUUGUGUCUCUUGCUGAUGGAAGUAGUAAUUAAGUUGAUUAACAGAGUGCUUUAAUAUAAUAUUCUCAAAAUUGAAUCGGAGAAGAAUACAUUGUGCUAUUCAUUUCAGUGACUUCCAUUGCUUGGAUUAAUACUGAAAGUAUUUACAGCAACAGAUAUUGAACUAAAUUUGCACAUCUGCCACGUGGAGAUAUACGUAAAAACAUAGAAAAUAGGUGCAGGAGUCGGCCAUUCGGCCCUUCGAGCCAGCACCGCCAUUCCAUAUGAUCAUGGCUGAUCAUCCAAAAUCAGUACCCCGUUCCGGCUUUUUCCCCAUAUCCCUUGAUUCCCUUAGCCCUAAGAUUUAAAUCUAACUCUCUCUUGAAAACAUCCAGUGAAUUGGCCUCCACUGCCUUCUGUGGCAGAGAAUUCCACAGAUUCACAACUCUCUGGGUGAAAAAGUUUUUUCUCAUCGCAGUCCUAAAUGGCCUACCCCUUAUUCUUAAAAUGUGACCCCUGGUUCUGGACUCCCCCAACAUCGGGAACAUUUUUCCUGCAUCUACCCUGUCCAAUCCCUUAAGAAUUUUAUAUGUUUCUAUAAGAUCCCCUCUCAUCCUAAAUUCCAGCGAAUACAAGCCCAGUCGAUCCAUUCUUUCAUCAUAUGUCUGUCCCGCCAUCCUGGGAAUUCACCUGGUGAACCUACGCUGCACUCCCUCAAUAGCAAUAAUGUCCUCCCUCAAAUUAGGAGACCAGAAUUGUACACAAUACGCCAGGUGCGGUCUCACCAGGACCCUGUACAACUGCAGUAGGACCUCCUUGCUCCUAAACUCAAAUCUUCUUGCAAUGAGGGGCAACAUGCCAUUAAUUUUCUUCACUGCCUGCAGUACCUGCAUGCUAGCUUUCAGUGACUGAUAUAGAAGGGAUAAUAUAAUUCUGAAGUUAAUUUCUGAUUUGGCUCCAAAAAUCACAUCAUGCUAAACUACUUGGGGAGCUUUUAAAUUCUGUCACGGGAUAUGGCUGGCAAUUUGUGAAAUGAGCAUUCCUUGCUUGUCCCCGAGAACAAAUGGACAUCUCCACUGCACCCUUCCAUAGACAUGGACAGUCCCAAUCUUUUUACAACCAAAGAAAUGUAAUAACAUUUGUAAUGUAAGCAGCCAGAUUACAACUAAUAUUUUGUUGUACUGUUAAUUGAGAAUCAAAUAAUUGGUCAGGUCACCAAAGAUAAUUUCCCUACUUUGUUUCAUCGUUGUUCCUUAAGAAGGGAGACGGUACUUUGGUUUAACAUCAAAACCAAAAACCUAGCAGUCCCUCAAAACUUUAUUGAUGUGCCUCAGUCUAAUAAGCCUGUAUCUUCACCAUAGUGCUUGAAUUCAAAGUCUUGUUAUUGAGAGGCAAGAAUGCUACCAUACCCUCUACUGAAGGUACACCCAUGAUGUUGAUAGCUCGCAAGUGCCAGGAUUUCAGCCACUGCAAAGGAAGAGUAUAUUUCCAAAUCAGGAUGGCAUGUAACUUAGAGAUGGUGAUGUUGGCAUGUACCUGCUGUCCCUGUCCUUCCAAAGAGUGCUUUUGGGGAGUUUUCCCAACAAGGCCUCAUACUUUAGAUUAAAAUGGAGUACAGAUGAAAUGCACUAUUAGCUCUUGUUCAUGAAAUACUCAGAGAAUCUGAAGGACGUCUUGAGCACUACUUGUAACCUUGAGCAUUUUAUGUUGUGAAGAAAGCUGCCAGUGCUGGGUGCCUCUGCUCUGAGGCAUUCAUCAUUUGCAAGCUCAGAGCUGAGCUCUGCACGAGAUGAAACUUCAGGCAUGUAGUUUAAUUUGACUGAAUUGAUUCAGCAAACAGAAUUGUUUGUAUAAGUGGCUGCAUUGACAAUUCAAGCACUUUUACUACAUUGAGGAACAUAUCCUACACUAUUUUUACAUGAUUUUGUAUGUUUUUAUCUGUUCUGCUUCCUGAAAAGACCAUGCAUAAAGUAAAUUGUGCAAAAUGUUUUUUUUAACAUGUCUCAUUAGAUAGCAUUCUACUUUUCAAAAUGACUGUAAUCCCAUUUUCUAAAUUAUUGCAGAUUAUUUUCCCCUUGGAGUAAUUUAGCAGAAAGUGACUCAUUUUUAAUGAGUUUUAAGUACUGAAUUUUAGCAUUCCUUUAUUGUAAUAAAAUUGAGAGGUCCCUGUCUUUGUUCAGAAUGGUUGUUUAAAGAUGUUUUUGGUGAAUUAUUUUCAAGGUUCCCAGUUGAAAUGUUACAAAACCAAUAAAAUUGCAGUGAACAAAA